AUGAGCAAGUUAUUAAUUUUGUUGUCCGCUUGGGACGAAUUCGCAAAGUUCCUAGAAUACAGAUACGAAAGGACCAUUUUAAUUACUGGGACGACCAAGAAUUUUAUUGUAGGUUCAGACUGUCAAAAGAAUCUGAAUCACGCUCUUACAUCAAUGGAAAUGUUGUUAAUUACACUCCGAUUUUUCGCGACAGGCAGUUUCUUAAUUGUAAUUGGAGAUUUUGGAGGUGUUCACAAGAGUACUGUGGGAAAAGCAAUAAACAGAGUUACAAGAGCUAUUGCAAAUUUGCGGGAAGAAUACAUAAAAUUUCCUCAAACAGGAGAAGAAAUCUCUAUAGUGCAACAAGGUUUUUAUCAACUUGCAAGAUUCCCACGAGUUGUUGGUGCUUUAGAUUGCACACAUAUCAAAAUAAAGUCACCGGGUAUGUUAAUAAGGUGGAGAAAAUGCUGA